CCAACAAAUCUCUACCGGUAUUGUUGCCUUCGCGGGGUGGAUAGUGAAUUUGUGUUUUAGCCGUUUAAAUAUUCAAAGUGUAAUAUGUACCCUACGAGUUCACAGAGAAAAUACUGGACUUUUUCAAAUGAACAAGAAAUACAGGCAUUACGGUUGAAGCAGAACCAGGAUUACAUAGAAAAGCAUGGAGCCGACAUGGAUCCACAAACACGACUCCAUUUCUUCCUUACGCCAGAAGAGGAAAGGUUGCUGUUAAAACAAUAUGAACUACAUCUUCGGGACUUUUGCAAACGCUUCGAUCCUCCGAUGCCAAGAUGUAUCAUCGGAACGGCAUUUCACUACUUUAAGCGUUUUUAUUUACACAAUUCCCCAAUGGACUUUCACCCAAAAGAGAUAUUAGCCACGUGCGUGUACUUAUCCUGCAAAGUGGAAGAGUUCAAUGUUUCAAUUGGACAAUUUGUAGGGAACAUAAAAGGGGACAGGCUGAAGGCCAUGGACAUAAUCUUAUCGAAUGAGCUCCUGUUGAUGCAGCAAUUGAAUUAUUAUCUAACAGUUCACAAUCCAUACAGACCGAUCGAAGGAUUUUUAAUCGACAUCAAGACUAGAUGUUCAAUGGCAAACCCAGAACGAUUACGACCGGGUAUUGACGAAUUUGUCGAUAAAACGUUUUUAACAGAUGCUUGUCUCCUAUACUCGCCUUCUCAGAUAGCACUGGCUGCCGUGUUACACGCCGCGAGUAAAGAGCAAGAAAACCUGGAUAGCUACGUAACUGAAUCACUUUUUCAUUCAGCACAAAAUAAACUCCCUGUUCUAGUUGAAGCAGUUCGAAAAAUCAGAACGAUGGUUCGCAUACUCGACUUCCCGCCAAAGGACCGUGUAAAGGCCAUUGAAAAGAAAUUGGACAAAUGUCGCAAUCAAGAGAAUAAUCCAGAUAGUCAGAUAUACAAACAGCGUAUGAAGAAAAUGAUGUGCGAAGAGGAUGAUAUCGACUUGGACAGCUCAUACCAUUUAGCAGCAACGGACAGUAGUAUUGAUGGUUCUUUGAUGAACAUUUCCCAGAGUUGAUCAAUUUCUAUUGCAAUAUUUUUGGUUUAUUAAUUGUAUAUACACUUUCCUGUUGAUUUGUGAAAACUCUGAAUAAAGUCUUUCAAAAAGGCGGAAUUUCAUAGUCA